CAAAAUUCCGCGACUUUACUUAAAUCCCCUAUUGGUGUGGGAAGUUUUUUAAAGUUUUUGUAGUUACUUCGUACGACGCAUUAGUUGCUCUAUUUGCACCUAUAAAAUAAAACAAAAAAAAAAGGAACCAUGACUGAGACCCUUUUUUCCUAACACUUUCGACAAUGACCUUCAAAACCAAAGACGAAAAUAUUGCAGCUGUUCUCUAUGGUGCUCAUGACUUACGUGUGGAGAAACGACCUAUCCCUCAACCUCAGGCGGGAGAGGUAUUGCUCCGUAUAAAAGCAACUGGAAUAUGUGGGAGCGACUUGCAUUACUAUUUAGAUGGUGGGUUAGGGCCUCGACGUAUUGACAGCUCGAAGCCAAUGAUUUUAGGACAUGAAUCUGCUGGUAUUGUUGUAUCUAUUGGUGAUGAUACGACUAAACUUAAGGUUGGAGAUCGAGUGGUAAUAGAACCAGGAAGGUCAUGCGGUGUUUGCUCUUAUUGUUGCCAAGGUCGCUAUAAUCUUUGUCCAAAAAUGAAGUUUUCAUCAUCUCUACUACAAGGUCCCAAUGAUGGAUCACUUUGUAGAUACGCCUGCUUCCCUGAGAAUUUAUGUCAUCGCCUACCUGAUAAUAUGUCGUUUGAUGAUGGUGCACUUAUUGAACCUUUAGCUGUCGCUCUUCACUCAGUCGAAAGAACUCCAAUCAAAGUCGGAUCUACUGUGCAUGUAUUUGGCGCAGGGCCUGUAGGGUUGUUGACAGCAGCGGUUGCAUUUGUCAAAGGAGCAGUCAAUUGCACCAUUUUCGAUAUUAACCAAGAUCGUCUUGAUUUUGCAAAAAAAUAUUUACCUAAUGGUGUCAGAGUUGUUUUACUUCCCAAGAUCAAAUUCCAAAAUGCAGAGGAUACUAUCACUUGGGCACAAGACAAUGCCAUCCAUUUUCUCCGCGAUCUUAGUAAUGAUGACUCUGAUAAUUUUGCAGAUGUGGUUUUUGAAUGCACUGGUGUUGCAGAAUGUAUCAUGCUUUCAAUGUAUGUAGUACAACGAGGCGGUACAGUCAUGCUUAUUGGACUUGGUCGAGACAAAACAUUAAUGCCGACCGAUAUCAUAACAACAAGGGAGGUUGAUAUACGGGGAAACUUCCGUUAUGCUAAUGUUCAUAAAAAAGCCAUUACUCUUGUAGAGCAAGGUCGUAUCAAUUUAUCAUCUCUGGUAUCUCAUCGAUUUAAACUAGAAAAUAGUAACAUUUUGGCUUGUUUACCUUUGCCUCUAUCUAAUGCAGAUUUUCUGGCUGUAUAG